AUGUUAGGACCCAAGGAUGAGAUCAUCUCCCCACAAUUCCUUUCAAAUAGAAUUCACCAAAGAGAAAUAAAUAUAGUAGUAGUAGAGGAAGAAGAGGAAACAUCAACAAAAGAAGAUAAAUAUUAUAAGAAUAAUAAUAACACCAACAACAAUGGAAUAAUAUCAAUUAAUAAUUAUUUUGGUAUAUUUAAACAAAUCUAUCCUUAUCAAAAAAGAAUUGAAAAUUGGAUCAAUAAUAAUAAUAAUAAUAAUAAUAAUAAGAAUGAUAAGAAUAGACAAAGAUUUCAACGACAAUGGAAUGCAACUAUUUUUAUGAUGUAUUAUUUGGUUGUUUUAUCAGCUACUUGUUACAUCUUUUUUAGUGGUUUCUUUCUUGUUCGUUUCGAGUUGCCACUCAACAGUCAGUGUUCAGUACUUCCAUCACCACAUUCUUCAUCUCCUCGGUCGCUACUAUCAGAUUUCAAUGCACCAAGCGAAUGGAAAUGGUCUCAUUCCAACACUACAACCAGCAGCAACCAUGAACAAGGUCCUGUAACAGACGCUAUCAGGUCAUGUUGGAUGCCAUCAAGAUUUAAAAAGAGUGUUGUCAUCUUGGUAGAUUCUCUUCGUUAUGACUUUCUUGCUCCUGUUGACGAUGCCACUGCUCAGAAAUCAGACUUUAAAUUUUACAAUCGAUUAGAGAGUCUCCAAAAGUUACACGUCGAGCAACCACAAAACACAUUGUUGUACAAGUUUUAUUCAGAUCCACCAACAGUCACAUCACAAAGAAUCAAAGGUAUAUCAACUGGAUCCCUUCCAACGUUUAUUGACAUUGGUACCAGUUUUGCAAGUGACCGAAUCGUUGAAGACAAUAUGAUCCGUCAAUUCACGCACCGUGACCAACCAGGAUCCAAUCCAAGAAAGAAGAUGGUAUUUGUUGGUGAUGAUACUUGGGACAAAAUGUUUCCAGAUACCUUUUACAAGUCCUACCCAUUCUCUUCGUUUCUAGUCAAUGAUUUCCAUACUGUCGAUCGAGGAGUGAUGCACCAAACUCACAAGAUGCUUCCACACAGUCCCACCAACAACCAAUUUAAUCCAAAUGUUAAUCCAGAUGAUUCCAGAAGAGCUGAUCCAAGACCAGUUAUCACUGAGAUUGACAAUGACUGGGACAUUAUAUUUGGUCAUAUGUUGGGAGUCGAUCAUGUUGGUCAUACUUAUGGCCCAAAACACCAUUCAAUGGGAGCCAAAUUAAAUCAAUAUAACAAAUAUUUCGAAGAUAUAAUUGAAAGAAUUGAUAAUGAUACAUUAUUAAUUAUAAUGAGUGAUCAUGGAAUGACAUCAACUGGAGGACAUUCUGGAUCGAGUGAUUUAGAGACUGGAGCAUCUCUAUUUUUAUAUUCAAAGGGUCAUGUGAUUAAUGCAAGCAUUCCACACACCAAGUUUAAUACCGAUCCAAAGGCAAAGGUUAGAACAGUCAAUCAAAUCGAUUUUAUUUCAACCUUUUCCCUUUUAAUGGGUGUUCCAAUUGGAUACAAUAGUUUGGGUACUGUUAUUCCAGAGUUGUUUCUCUCUACUUCCCAAUCAACUGGAACUUCAUGGACCAUGCUUUUGGAUGCAACAAGAUUAUCAACAUGGUCAAUCAAGAGAUUUGUAGAUUCAUACAUUGAAGCUGUCCCAUCGUCUGAAUUGGCCUCCAACUCUAAAGAACUUGGAAAGUUUAAUUCCAUGUUGGAAGAGACUGAAAAACAAUAUAAUAAUCUCAUUAAAGGGGGGGGUCAGGUUGAUGAUUUAGAAGCAAAUUAUCUCUACUCGGAAUAUGUCAAUUAUCAAACAUACAUUUACAAAUUUUUAGUUUCCAAAUGGGCUACUUUUAAUGUACCUCUCAUGGAGACUGGUGUAUUUUGUUUAAAAGUGGUUGGACUAUCAAUGUUGGUUGUAUUGUCCAGUACUGUCAUUUACUAUUUUUUUGUAAAUAGACAAGACUUGCAUAUUGAAAAGAAAAUCAACAAAGAUUCCUUCUUGUCAAUCACCAACCUUUUGGCCUACACAAUAUUGUCAGUGUACACUUCUAUUGGACACUAUUGGUUUUUGGAAUCUGGACAAGUAUUACAAUUUAAAUUCCUCUUUUUGGCACACUUUAUUGUUUGGACCAAUAUUUGUGUAUUGGUGACUUUGUGUAGAGAAUACUUGGUUGUAUUCUUUUUGGCUUUAAUAUAUGGAUCGGAGAACAUGGCCAUAUUCUUUAUUCUUCAUCCAGUCCGUAUUUGGUAUUUGGUAUCGAUUGCAAUGGUUGCUUUCAAUAUCACUUAUGUUCAGAUCGAUGUGGCAUUUGAUGAUAUUCGUCGAUUGGAAAAUCAUUAUGACCAUAUUAUUGGACAGUUCCGACAUUUCUUCAACCCUUUGUACUUGCUUGCAGUCAUGGCAAUCAUUCCACAUUCAUUCCCUAGAUUUGAUAUCCAAGGUUUAAAGAUGUUGGUGUACUAUGCAUUGGAGGUUACCCAACAAUAUUUCUGGUUCUACUUAUUCAAAAAAACCAUUUUCUAUGCUGGCCGAGGUGAUAUUAGAAAAUACCAAAAAUAUCUAUUCAACCUUGAUAAAAUCACCCAAUCAAACUUUACAACUCCCAACUCAAUCUAUCAAAUAUCAUUUAAUAAUUUUAUCACUUGGGGAUGGGUCAUCCCAUUUUUAUAUUUUUCUUAUUUAAUUUUAACAUAUUUCAUUAAUUUUAAUAGUAGUAAUAAUAAUAACAAUAAUAAUAAUCUAAAUAAUAAUAAUAUCUAUUAUACAAAAUCACAACAUUUAUAUAUUUUAAUAUGUUUAAUAAUUUAUUGGACUCAAAAUUCGAUAAGACAUUUGGUUCAAUUUCACUGGAUCAUUCGAUCAUACCCAGUUUGGAUUAUAUUUGGAAUAAUAUUUUAUUCAAUUGGUAGAAAUAUAUUUAAUCUUUUUAAAAAUCAACAAAAUAAUAAUAGUCGACAAUUAUUACCUCUACACAAACAACAAGAACAACAGCAACAAUAUUCAUUACCUCUGCACCUGAUAACUCAACAAUCAUUAUCAAAACAACAAUUAUACCAAUUUUUACAAAGAUAUAUUCAAUUUAUAACUCCAAUCAUAUUAUUAUUGUGUACACUUUUGGGAUCAUCACAUACAGUUGGUCUAUUUUGGAUGUUGUCUGAAUUGAUCAUUUUCACUAUAUUUAUGGUCAACAUUAAUAGACAAUGGUUUAAAAACAAUAUUGGAAAUGGAAAUAGAAUGAAUGUAAACUCUGUCUUUCAAGUGGUACUAUGGGUAGUUACAAUCAGCACCUUAUUCCUUUCAUCUCUAUUCCAUUUCCACACCACAGGACACGAUUAUGCAUUAGGUCAAUUGCAUUUAGAUUGUGCAUUUAUUGGAUUCCAAGGAUUAAAUCAAACAAGAGCUGGAAUUAUGAUAUUUUUAAAUACCUAUUCAUCAACUAUUAUCCAUUUAUUAUUUUUACCAAUUCUUAUUACUUUUUAUACAAUUACUUCUUCUCCUUCAUCAUCUCCAACAACAACAACAGAUUUGUCAACAGAUAUUAAUAAUAAUAACAAAGAAGAUGGAAAAUUGGUAAAAGAAGAAUUGAAAAGUAAUUUUAAACAAAUCACUGUAUUUUUGAUUGUUUUACUUUUAUACUUUACCAAUAUGAGAAAGCUAAUGGUAUUCCUUAUCAAGGAAAAAGAGAAUUUAUUUUUAUGGAGAUUAUUCGCACCAAGAUAUCUAUUUGAUCUUGCUCAAUUCAUUAUUGUCAUUGCUUGGUUAUUCAAUGGUGAACAUGAAAUAAACCCCAGGCAAUAUCAUAUCAAACUAAUAACUACUACUACUUCUAUUACAACCUUAUUAUUCAUUACAUUUAGAUUCUUUCUUGGUCUUUUGUUUCUAACCAAAUUGAUUACCAAAAAGAUCUUAAGAUUAUACUUAUUUCCACAACCAAGAGUACUUUCACUCACUUUUGUCAUAGAGGAAGAACAAAAAAUAGAAAUUGAAGAUAAAUAUAAAUCAAAACAAUAUUAUAAUAACAACAACGACAAUGGAAUAAUAUCAACAAGUAAUUAUUUUGGUAUAUUUAAACAAAUCUAUCCAUUUCAAAAUAGAAUUGAAAAUUGGAUCAAUAAUAAGAAUAAUACUAGAAAAGUUCAAAGACAAUGUAAUGCAACUAUUUUUAUGAUGUAUUAUUUGGUUGUUUUAUCAGCUACUUGUUACAUCUUUUUUAGUGGUUUCUUUCUUGUUCGUUUCGAGUUGCCACUCAACAGUCAGUGUUCAGUACUUCCAUCACCACAUUCUUCAUCUCCUCGGUCACUACUAUCAGAUUUCAAUGCACCAAGCGAAUGGAAAUGGUCUCAUUCCAACACUACUGCAAAUAGUCAAAAAGAAGAGGGAGCAUCUUCUACUUCCUCAUCUGCCGACAGGUCAUGUUGGAUGCCAUCAAGAUUUAAAAAGAGUGUUGUCAUCUUGGUAGAUUCUCUUCGUUAUGACUUUCUUGCUCCAGUUGACCAAGCCACUAUCAAGUCAUCAAGCUUUAAAUUUUACAAUCGAUUAGAGAGUCUCCAAAAGUUACACGUCGAGCAACCACAAAACACAUUGUUGUACAAGUUUUAUUCAGAUCCACCAACAGUCACAUCACAAAGAAUCAAAGGUAUAUCAACUGGAUCCCUUCCAACUUUUAUUGAUAUUGGUGCCAGUUUUGCAAGUGACCGAAUCGUUGAAGACAAUAUGAUCCGUCAAUUCACGCACCGUGACCAACCCGAAUCCAAACCAAGAAAGAAGAUAGUAUUUGUUGGUGAUGAUACUUGGGACAAAAUGUUUCCAGAUACCUUUUACAAGUCCUACCCAUUCUCUUCGUUUCUAGUCAAUGAUUUCCAUACUGUCGAUCGAGGAGUGAUGCACCAAACUCACAAGAUGCUUCCACACAGUCCCACCAACAACCAAUUUAAUCCAAAUGUUAUUCCUGACGAUGCCAAACCAGUCGAUCCAAGACCAGUGAUUCGUGAAAUAGAUAAUGACUGGGACGUUCUUUUUGGCCAUAUGUUGGGAGUCGAUCAUGUUGGUCAUACCUACGGCCCAAGACAUACAUCAAUGGGUACAAAAUUAAAUCAAUAUAACAAAUAUUUCGAAGAUAUAAUUGAAAGAAUUGAUAAUGAUACAUUAUUAAUUAUAAUGAGUGAUCAUGGAAUGACAUCAACUGGAGGACAUUCUGGAUCGAGUGAUUUAGAGACUGGAGCAUCUCUAUUUUUAUAUUCAAAGGGUCAUGUGAUUGAUGCAAGCAUUCCACACACCAAGUUUAAUACCGAUCCAAAGGCAAAGGUUAGAACAGUCAAUCAAAUCGAUUUUAUUUCAACCUUUUCCCUUUUAAUGGGUGUUCCAAUUGGAUACAAUAGUUUGGGUACUGUUAUUCCAGAGUUGUUUCUCUCCACCAACAAAAAUCAUGGCGAUGAUUUAAGCUCAUCACAGUCACCUGGGACUUCAUGGGCCAUGCUUUUGGAUGCAACAAGAUUAUCAACAUGGUCAAUCAAGAGAUUUGUAGAUUCAUACAUUGAAGCUGUCCCAUCGUCUGAAUUGGCCUCCAACUCUAAAGAACUUGGAAAGUUUAAUUCCAUGUUGGAAGAGACUGAAAAACAAUAUAACAAUCUCAUUCAAAGUCUAUCUGACGGUGGAGAUAUGGUUAGUGAUUCAGAGGCAUCCAAAAUCUACGUUCAAUAUGUCAAAUAUCAAACAUACGUUUACAAAUUUUUAGUUUCCAAAUGGGCUACUUUUAAUGUACCUCUCAUGGAAACUGGUGUAUUUUGUUUAAAAGUGGUUGGACUAUCAAUGUUGGUUGUAUUGUCUUGCACUGUCAUUUUCUUUUAUUUUGCAAAGGGACAAGACUUGAAACUUGAAAAGAAAAUCAACAAAGAUUCCUUCUUGUCAAUCACCAAUCUUUUGGCCUACACAAUAAUGUCAGUGUACACUUCAAUUGGACACUAUUGGUUUUUGGAAUCUGGACAAGUAUUACAAUUUAAAUUCCUCUUUUUGGCACACUUUAUUGUUUGGACCAAUAUUUGUGUAUUGGUGACUAUGUGUCCAGAGCAUUUAUUGGUAUUCUUUUUGGCUUUGGUAAAUGGAGCAGAAAACAUAAUCAAGUUUGCAUUCCACUCAUCAAUGGCUGUACUCUUACCAUUGAUUAGACUGUUGCCAUCGAUUAGAUUCAACCUUUCUUCCAAAAUAGAUCUUUUCAUCCACAUCAAGGUUGGAAGUUGGACCGAAUUGUCAUCAAGAUUGCUUGCAACUCUACAAUCAAUAGAAUCUUUUGAUCUAAUUGUUAUUGCAUACAACCGUGGUGUUGAACUAUUUUUCUGGGCAAGAAACAUAGUGGAAGGUGAAAUAUUCAGAUUUUUCAUUCUUCAUCCAGUCCGUAUUUGGUAUAUGGUAUCGAUUGCAAUGCUGGCAUUCAAUAUCACUUAUCGUCAAAUCGAUGAGGCAUUUGAUAAUAUUCGUAGAUUGGAACAUCAUUAUGACCAUAUUAUCGGACAACUCCGACUUUUCUUCAACCCUCUAUACCUUCUUGCAGUCAUGGCGAUCAUUCCACAAACAUUACCAAGAAUACAACUUGAUGAUUUAAAAAAGUGGUGGUACUAUGCAUUGGAUGUUGGGCAACAAUAUUUCUGGUUCUACUUGUUAAAGAAAACUAUUUUCUAUGCUGGAAGGGGUGACCUUAAGAAAUACGAAAAAUAUCUAUUCAACCUUGAUACAAUCACUCAAUCAAAUUAUUCAACUCUCAAAUCAAUCUACAAAAUAUCAUUUAAUAAUUUUAUCACUUGGGGAUGGAUCAUCCCAUUUUUAUAUUUUUCUUAUUUAAUUUUAACAUAUUUCAUUAAUAUUAAAAUUAAUAAUAAUAAUAAUAAUAUAAUAUAUUAUACAAAAUCACAACAUUUAUAUAUUUUAAUAUGUUUAAUAAUUUAUUGGACUCAAAAUUCGAUAAGACAUUUGGUUCAAUUACACUGGAUCAUUCGAUCAUACCCUGUUUGGAUCAUAUUUGGAAUAAUAUUUUAUUCAAUUGGUAGAAAUAUAUUUAAUCUUUUUAAAAAUCAACAAAAUAAUCAACAAUUAUUACCUCUACACCAAAUAACUCAACAAUCAUUAUCAAAACAACAAUUAUACCAAUUUUUACAAAGAUAUAUUCAAUUUAUCACACCAAUCAUAUUAUUAUUGUGUACACUUUUGGGAUCAUCACAUACAGUUGGUCUAUUUUGGAUGUUGUCUGAAUUGAUCAUUUUCACUGUAUAUAUGGUCAAUAUAAAUAGACAAUGGUUUAAAAACAACAUUGGAAAUGGUAAUAGAAUGAAUGUAAACUCUGUCUUUCAAGUGGUACUAUGGGUAGUUACAAUCAGCACCUUAUUCCUUUCCUCACUUUUACAUUUCCAUACUACUGGACACGAUUAUGCAUUAGGUCAAUUGCAUUUAGAUUGUGCAUUUAUUGGAUUCCAAGGAUUAAAUCAAACAAGAGCUGGAAUUAUGAUAUUUUUAAAUACCUAUUCAUCAACUAUUAUCCAUUUAUUAUUUUUACCAAUUAUUAUUACUUUUUAUACAAUUACUUCUUCUCCUACAUCAUCUCCAACAACAACAACAGAUUUGCCAACUGAUAUUAAUAAUAUUAUUAACAAAGAAGAUGGAAAAUUGGUAAAAGAAGAAUUGAAAAGUAAUUUUAAACAAAUCACUGUAUUUUUGAUUGUUUUACUUUUAUACUUUACCAAUAUGAGAAAGUUAAUGGUAUUCCUUAUCAAGGAAAGAGAGAAUUUAUUUUUAUGGAGAUUAUUCGCACCAAGAUAUCUAUUUGAUCUUGCUCAAUUCAUUAUUGUCAUUGCUUGUCACUAA